AUGAUCGAGUCAUAUGGAUAUCCAGUGGAAACUCAUGUGGCCCAAACUGCUGAUGGAUACCUGUUGACUAUGCAUCGUAUUCCAUAUGGUAGGGCUCCUGGUGCUGGACCGGCUCCCAACAAACCGAUAGCCUUCCUUCAACAUGGACUUCUGUGUUCUUCUGCCGAUUGGGUUGUUAUCGGUCCUGACCGUGCGUUAGCUUACUUGCUCGCUGACGAAGGUUACGAUGUCUGGAUGGGAAAUGCCCGAGGAAAUACCCAUUCCAGGGCUCAUAUCAGUAUUAAUCCGGAUCGUCGGGCUUUCUGGGAUUUCAGUUGGCACGAAAUUGGUAUACUCGAUCUUCCGGCUAUGAUUGACUACGUCUUUAGAAAUACAGGCCAGUCGAAGCUUCACUACGUUGGUCACUCUCAAGGAACAACAUCCCUCUUCAUCAUGCUUUCCCUUCGUCCUGAAUACAACAAUGUUAUCCUUUCGGCACAUGCCCUGGCUCCUGUAGCUUUCAUGAACAACCUUCGUAGUCCAUUUGUUCGUGCAUUUGCUCCAUUCGUCAAUUCUCUUGAUACUAUAACAAGUCUUCUAGGCAUGAAUGAAUUCAUGCCGAGCAGUACUAUGAUGCAGAUGGGAGGAUAUUUGACUUGCAGAGAUACCUCACCUUUCCAGGAAGUUUGUGCUAACGUCCUCUUCCUAAUUGCUGGUUUCAACUCUGAACAAUUAAACCGGACCAAACUUCCAUACAUUAUGGCUAACACACCUGCUGGAGCUGCAACAAGGCAAUUGGUUCACUAUGGACAACUCUACAAUUCUGGACAUUUCCGUCAGUUUGAUCACGGACGACUUGGCAACUGGGCAGAAUAUGGAUCAUUCUCACCUCCAGACUAUCCAUUGGACAGAAUCACUGCCCCUAUCGCUCUGCAUUUCAGUGAUAAUGACUGGUUGGCUGCUGUUACUGAUGUCCAUCGUCUUCGUGCAGAACUUCGUAAUGUCAUAGGGGCAUUCCGUGUUCCAUUGGCUGCAUUUAAUCACCUUGACUUCCAGUGGGCUGUUGAUAUUAGACCAUUACUCUACAAUAGAGUAAUUAGUCUGAUGAAUCGCCACAACGACUAAUUGAGUUUUGAACUAAAGUUUUUGAAAGCUUAUGUCCUCAUGCUAAAUAAUUCAUUUCAUUCACUAAAAGUACUCUUCACAAUAUUUACAACAUAUAAAGUACACUCUGAGUGUUAUGUCCUAGACACACUGACGACUUAAGCCGAGAGAUGACUUAAUGGAAAAUUAUGGAAAUGUAGUUUGACCAUCAUAUCUAAUAUAAUUACACUAAGCAAUUUCUCGGCUAAUCCUCAGGUCUGUCAAGGCCCUUACGCAUUUAUCAUUCUCAACAAUCAACAGCGAAAAAAAUUAUUGAACCGUAGUAUUAAUCCAUUAAAGUGAAAUAUUUAGGGCAUGAUUUUUUGGAAUAAAUCAUAAAUGUUAUAUAAAUAAAGCAAGUGCAAAAAAUAAAACAAGUG